UUUAAAGCCGCGAAACAUUGACAAUUCAAGACAUGAUUAUUUCAGUCAUGAUGUAUUUAAGAUAACAGGAAUUUAGAAAACAAAGUGUCUUCUCGGAGCAUCUUGAUCAUCUCAGCUUCUCUUAGGCCUCCGCCAUCAACAGUCGUACUUAACCACCCAAACAUUUACAGCAGCAAUCUCGUAAGUCAACUAAACACUCACACAACUGAUAGCCUUCUCAGUGGAGAGCAAGAUGCCUUGUGGUACUCCCGGACACCCUGAUAAGAGAUGGGUAGAGUCAUCAAACAUAGAUCGUUCACCAAAGAGGCCUCGUCUCAAUAUCAACACAUCGCGUAACGGACCAAACACACGUUCAGCAACCUGCCCUAUCCCCCUUAGCCCAGCAACAGACAUCUUGUCGAUCUACCGCCGAGGCCCAUACGUUCCUCAGGGAGCAACUGGGUCUCAGAUCCAGCCAGCCCCCGAUUUCCUUCAACUCAACCCCAUCCAAUCGAACCGGCCUUCAAUCAGUCUGCCAGUUACCCUCCCUCCUCUCAGAUCCAUCAUCGCCAACAAUCCUCAGUAUGCUGAUAACCAAGCUUGUCGGACAUGCCCUCAAUGCUCCGAGACCCUUCUAGGCCCGGAACCCAUCGGUACCAACGGACAACCCGUCUCCACCGUAUGCGAGAACUGCAGGCAGAGCAACGUCAGGGAGCAGGUCCUCCGCAAUAUCGCCGCCGAAGCCCUUCUCCUACUCGACACCGGCGUCGUCCCAAUCCGCGACAGCACAGGUGAAGCGUCAGUGGCCCCCGUAAGCCCUCCAAAGCAAGAUGACAGCCACAGGCUAUCCCAAGAGUAUCAACAGUUCCAGCCCCAUAGGCCGCUCCUCUGCGUCCGCUGUAAGAGGCCAGGAGUGCCAUGUGCUCCCGGACGACGACGAUGCGCAGAGUGCAUCUGCAUCCUCGUUGCCUUUGGACCAGACGAUGGUUCGGGUCCUCGAGAAGGUAAUAGUCAACCCAACCCGUUCAGAAAUGUCCCUCUCUCAUCACAAAACCUUACUAGGCUGCCAAUCCUCUGCGACGUCUGCCACGUUAAGAACGUGCCCCCAGGCACGAAGCGCUGCGAGAAUUGCAUUGCCCCAGACACCCCAAACACACCGCUGACAGCCUUCUUCACCGCACAGGGAAUCUGCGUCAUAUGUGAGCGUAACCACGUAGUGCAAGGUAAGUCCCACUGCAGAAAGUGCCUCUUCGAGGGAACAACCAGCGCCGAACCCCUACAGGCUCUCCAGAGCCUGCCCGCGGCCGAUAUCAUGCAGUGUACGGGUUGCGGCCACCAGGUCCACAGGACUCCCGAGGGUUACUGCCGCGAAUGUCGGGAUAACAUGCCGGGCGGCAGCGGGAAUCAGUCACAGGGCGAGGCGAUGGAUAUCGACGACAAACCUGCGGAGACUGUGUCCUCCACGGGUAUCUUGAUGAGGACGAAGUGCGGUUGCCAGAAGAACUUUGCGCGACUAGGCAAAAAAGUGUGUGCGGAUUGCCUGGCUGCCAAACAUAUGGUCGGAUGGAGAGGAUGGACUGCGUGGAAGAAGGCACAUUGGCCAAGACCCGAUCGCACGAACAAGAAGCAUUGAGCCGGGUGUGUGCAAGCCUCAAGUGAGGUAUAGAAAGAGUUGGUGGCCCUCACUACUGAGUCCAGUACAGCUGUGUUCAAUGGAGAAAAGAAUGCUUCGUUCAAGCCAGUCGGAGUGUUAUUUAAGGAGUGGUAGGUGGGUUUGAGAGGGAACGCGAGCUUAAGGCAAGGUAGCACGAGAUACCUCAAGAUAAAGCAUUCCAAAGGCUGGAACCGUGGUUGGACAACCCAAUAGAUAGAGUUAGCUUUGCGAGGAGUUGUCGUGAAUCUGACCGAGCACUUGAUUGUGAGAACUUGACUUGU